CCGCUUUGGAUUCCAGCUCCGGGUUUUGCUUCUGCCUCCUCCCCGCCCCUCUUUGGCUCCUUGCAGCCAAGGUCACACGUUGCGUGUGCGAGAGAUCCGAAGCGGCGAUUCCUCCUCUUUUGAAGGGGAAAAAAAGGCGUGGGAAGGAAGGAAGGGAUGCGAGGAGAGAGGAAGGAACCGAGCCACGCGGGUUGCUGCAAAGUAAGGGAAUGCAUUUAGUUUGCACAAACAUGGCUGCUGCCUUCCGAGCUGCAAACCGAGCCUGGAGCCCACUUGCAAAAGGCAGGAGCUGCAGUCGGCCUAGAGUUCAGAUCCCUUGGAGAUGUCAGUCGACGGCAGCAACAGCAGUCUGGACCGAAACAACAAAGCCUCAGAUCCAACCUGAAAAGAGGAAACCUAAAACAGGGAUCUUGAUGUUGAACAUGGGAGGCCCAGAGACUUUAGGAGAUGUCCAUGACUUCCUGCUAAGACUUUUUCUCGAUAGAGAUCUAAUGACGCUUCCCAUCCAGAAUAAGCUGGCGCCUUUUAUUGCAAAGCGACGGACUCCAAAAAUCCAGGAGCAAUAUAGUCAAAUUGGUGGAGGAUCACCUAUUAAGAAGUGGACUGCUACUCAGGGAGAAGGCAUGGUGAAACUGCUGGAUGAAAUGUCUCCUCAUUCUGCCCCUCACAAGUACUACAUUGGUUUUCGCUAUGUCCAUCCUUUGACAGAAGAAGCCAUUGAAGAGAUGGAGAAAGAUGGCAUCCAAAGAGCUAUUGCUUUCACACAGUAUCCACAGUACAGCUGCUCCACCACAGGGAGCAGUUUAAAUGCUAUUUAUCGCUACUAUAAUGCAAAGGGGGAGAAACCAAAGAUGAAGUGGAGCACAAUUGACAGGUGGCCGACACAUCCCCUUCUUAUUCAGUGCUUUGCAGACCACAUAGAGAAGGAGCUGGCCUUGUUUCCACCCGACAAGAGGAAAGAUGUGGUCAUUCUUUUUUCUGCUCACUCUCUGCCAAUGUCGGUAGUGAAUCGCGGAGAUCCAUAUCCACAAGAGGUGGGAGCCACUGUUCAAAGGGUUAUGGAGAAACUCAAGUAUUCCAAUCCUUACAGGCUUGUUUGGCAGUCCAAGGUUGGCCCUAUGCCCUGGUUGGGUCCUCAGACAGAUGAGACCAUCAAAGGGCUUUGCCAGAGGGGAAAGAAGAACAUAUUGUUGGUUCCAAUAGCAUUCACUAGCGACCACAUUGAAACCCUCUAUGAGCUGGACAUUGAAUAUGCACAAGUUUUAGCCAAUGAGUGUGGAGUUGAAAACAUCAGAAGAGCAGAAUCCCUUAAUGGAAAUCCAUUGUUUGCCAAGGCCUUGGCGGAGUUGGUCUUCUCGCAUCUCCAGUCAAAUGAACUAUGUUCCAGACAGUUGACCCUGAGUUGCCCGCUUUGUGUGAAUCCCACCUGCCGAAAGACAAAGUCGUUCUUUACUAGUCAAGAGUUGUGAAGGAGCAUUUGGAGAGGGAUAAUUUGCCAGAGCAAAACACUAUAGAUUCUGCAAAGUCUCCCUUUCUUUUUUCUUUUGCUCCUUUGGUCCCCUUCACAUAAAACAUCUUGCUUCCUUUGUGGAGGGGGUCCCAAGCUUGGCAAAAAGAGGGAUGGGUUUGCCUGGGUGAAAGAGGGGUGGAUAUGAAAUAUUUUUCAUUUCCUUUCUUCUUCCUCCACCUUAUGGAUGGAUAAUGCAUUGGGAGGGAAGUAACAUUUCAAGGGCUUCAUUCUUUGAGUUGCUGAAAAAACUUGUCUUCCUACAAAACUGGGUCUCCCUAGCAUCAAAGAAGCAACAGGUGCUCAGAAAUUAUAUUGCAUCUGAUCCAGAUUGUUUACCGUGAACUGCAUGUGAAGAAGUAAGUUCUGAAAAUAUCACUGAGCCAAAUAACUGAUAGAAGGUUUUGGCUUGCAGGAAUUGAUGCCUCCUUUGAACUGGUUUGAUUUACUUCUAAAAGGACAACUCCAGAGGUUUUGAUCUGAGGAUUGUAAUCCAGAUGUCUUUGCAGAGAGAUCUUAGUAUCAAAACUGUGGGGAGGAGGAUGUUUUUUUGGACAUCAGCGCCCAAAUUUGGGGAACUAUAGUCCAAAAAAGGUCUCCCCCUCCCCCAAGCUCUCUUUAAUAUGCACUUGCCAUUAAAAAACAUUUAUGUCAGUCGUUCCAAGUGCGAGACUACUAUUUUUUGUUGUUUGGUAUUGUUUUAACAUCCUGGGCUCUGUAGUUGGUGCACUGACCAGUGUGCUUCUGCUGUUGUUGUUUUUUUCAAAUGGGGUUUAAUGAUCAAACCCAUGCCAUUAAAAGAAAGGAAGAAACAUAACACAUUUUAAAUUUAGAUUUCUUUUUAUUGGGUCUCUUUCUUUACCCGGUGCUGAAUAUGUGUGAGUUUAGCUGAGCUUUACCGCUUGGGCAGUAGACUCCAAACUACAUUUAUUACACACUUUAAACCAUAUUUUCAUCCUAGAAAUUUCAAUUUUAUGUCUUGGUGUCAGUUAUUAUAUGAAGUCUGGAGUGUUGGCUGGUGAAUCUACUCUUUUUUAAAAAAAAAUUUAAAAAGCAAUGUGAUCUGUAGAAUAUUAAAGUACUUUUGUGGAACCCUAAAGUUCCGCAGAGCACAGUUUGGGAACCACUAUAUUGUUGUGAUAGGUUGGUGAAUUUAAUUUAAUCCCUAAGAUAAAUCCAAUAGCUUGAACUAAAGCCCAGAACAGACUCAUUGUCCCACUGAUAUGGAAGUCCAUCCACCAUUGAGAACCUUGUUAGUGUGCAUCUUGGUGGGUCAACUUCUAUACUGAGAAACCCCAACCAAUAAGGCACCAUGGGCAUUGAGUUCAAAGGUUCAAAGUCAGUGUUUCCAUCCAUAUUGUAUCUGAUGCUGAGACUAGUUUCAGUUGACUUUCUAGUGAGAGUCUUCUGGGAGUGAUGUUCUGUUGGUGACCUCUUCAUAUGAAACUUCCCUGUGCAUCUGUUUUAGUCCAUAUGAAUUAACUGGUGAAUAUAAUAAUCACCAUCAUUUUAUUUCUUACCAGCCUCUCCCUAUGGCUCGAGGCAGGUCACAGCACAGUCAACAACAAACAUACAAACAUCUACUUAAAUUUAUCCUGAUGGUUGUUCUCUUUCAUACACAAGAGUAUAGGCGGAUGUGCAAAUCAACAGCAUUGAUGGAUAAUCUUUACAUUGUCCAAUCUGUAUUGGCAUUUGAAGAAUGCAAAUCAGUAAAAGACAUCUUUUAUAUUACCUGUUUAACAUGCAUAGUUUCUGUGAAUAUAUGUUGCCCAGAAAAUAUACAUUAUCUCCAGGGGAAAAUGUGCAGAGUUUGUGCCAAGUGUAAUAUGCAGUUGUUCAUUUGUGCACUUUCUCCAGCUUUACUUGAAGAUGAUGCAUAAGAGUUUGGAGAUUGUGGCAAAUCCCCAUUCUCCAUAAUUGUGUUUACAACCAUUGGUGUUUAUGCACCGCUUCUACUACUUGAACUAGCAUUAACCUGAAAGUAUUUAUGUAUCUUAUAAGAAUGGCUUUUCUCUCUUUGCAACUGGAACUGGGAAAUUCAGACUUCACUUAAGAGAUUGUCUUGAAUAUUCCAAUUUCAACAAUCAUUUACAGACAGUUGUUAAAUUGGUAAUCUGAUAUUGUUAGUCAUGAGAGUUUGUUUCAUUGUUUGAUUAAUAGGAAGGAACUAGCUUUCCAUGUCAACAUUCAACCUCAAGAUUUGCUGGUGAAUGUGGAUAUUUUCUGCAAUUCUUUUAAGAGCUUUUAAGAUUGUGAGAAUUAAAAACACAGUUGUCCCUCCAGAUCUGCAGGUUUGACUUGUGGAUUUGGUCAUGCACCAAUUUGAUGAAUACGUCCUCUAUUGGAAUCUGUAGCUUCUCCAGUGACUGUAUAGUUAUCUCUGGUUCUUCCAGGGUGACUCUAUGGGUCACUUCCACCAGUGGUGCCCUAGAGAUUCCUGGAAAGAACACUUCUCUAGGCAUUUGUAGGUCUUCCAAUGGGAAGAUUCUGCGAUCAACUUCAGGAACAGGUUGACCAUAGAGUCUCACUGAAGUAACUAGAGAUUAAUAGACUCUGUGAAUCUGGAGGGUGCUCUGUAUUCAUUUGACAUUCCAACAUGAACAGCCACUUGUACAGUUUGUACACCAAUUGAAGUUCCUCAAGAAAUUGAACAAUUGAUGUCAACUGCUGUUGGAACUGACAUUUGUCACUUCCAUACAGCAUGGGGCUUCUGCACAGGUACUUAACCAGCUUUCAGUUCUUUGCUAAGGGCUUCCUUCUCUUUGAACAAUGAGAUACAAAGUUGUUCUUUGGAGCUGCUUUAUAGAUCUGCUUAUCACUUUCCAGCUGUCAAGCUAUUGUGGUUUUUGUGGGAUUUCUAUGAAUGCAAAUUGAUCUGGAUUUAAUUCAUGUUGUCAAUUAAAACCCCAAAUGAUCUAUUA